AGAGCAAUGUAACCCCUCUUCUGCACUCACUUAAUUGUGCUUGUGGAGGUUGAGCUCUGGCUCUUUGGUCCCGCCUCUCAACCGUCAAUCAACAGGUGUAUAGGUUCCUGAGCCUAUUGGACUCUAUCAUAGCUACACUUUUAUUAGGUUUUUAUGUGCUAGUUCAUCAGUAUGGUCUUCCACGAACAUGAGAUCCCUCUAGUACCUGCAGACCAAAGCAGAGUAUUAACAGUAAACAAUUGCGUGGACGUUCUCUUGCACUUAGAAAAGGUGGUUGAUGAUGUCUUCAAUUCCAUCACUUCUCGUUUAGAAGAAACAUCAUGCCGUCUGCAAAAUUUGAAGCAGAGGGCGGCCACUGCUCAGGCCAAAGUUGAUAAACUGACAGGAGCUUCUAAAGCCACACAGGUAUUUUCCAGUGCACAGUACCCUGGUGGAGACCAAUAUGAACCAUAUCAUCCAGUUCAUAGAGGAGAAUGUCCAAUAACAUUUAUCUCAACACCAGUAAAGCUAAAGGAAGAUCUUUUGUUUAAUCCAGCUAACCUUCAAGAAAAGCUUCAGUUUUACCAUGUACGUGAGAGACGUGGAACCUCGCUCACAGUACGGGGACUAGAGGAUACAAAUCAAGAAGAUGGAUUGGGUAGAUUACCACCCCAUCUUUCCUCUGUUUCAUCACUACUGCUAUUCAAUACAACACACAAUCCGUAUAAAAAGUAUAUGGUUUUGGAUCCCUUGGGUGUUGUGUCGGGCACACGUGGUGAAGGUUCCAGAAGUAGAUCUGAUACUUCCAACUCGGGGCCGACUUUACAAGAUGCACCAACAACUCUUCAGGAAGGGGAUCAAAUGGGGCUGAUAACAAAAGAUGAAUACCAGUACCUGCCAGACCUAUCGGACCUCCCUGACUUGGACCUUCCAAUGGAGUUACCAUCAUUACCUGGGAUUGCCAAUGACCUUCUUUAUGAUGCUGAUGUAGGGCCAGCUAUAGCACCAUCCUUUGGAAUGCCAGAUUUACCAACCUUCAGCCUGGAUAACACAGACGUAUCUUCUGUGGCCUUAUCUCGUGAGCCUCCACCAGCAAGUACAAGUGCCCCUCUUCCUCCAUCUUCCGCUCCCUCUGGUAUUAGUUCAAAUAUACCACCACAACCACCAUCAUUGAACGGUAGUACUCUGGCUCAAGUACAAACCCCUCCACCACCACCACCACCACCACCAGCAGGACCUCCGCCACCGCCACCACCACCACCACAACUGCCUCCACAACCACCACCACCACCUCCUCCUCCUCCUCCCCCUCCUGUAUCAGGAGUAUCUGGGAACCAGACAGCACCAGAGGGUGUACCUGUUGCUGUGGUAUCGGAUGCUCGCAGUGACCUGAUGAAGGCCAUACAGGCAGCAGGCGGUGCUGGAAAAGCCAAACUAAGGAACAGCAAGGAUCAUAAAAGAGAAACCAAGAAAAAAGAGGCUGCAGCAGCUCCGGCAGGUGACCUCAUGAGUGACUUGUUUAAUAGACUCUCACAGCGACGAAAAGGCAUAUCUGGUAUUGUUCAGAAAGACACAAACAUUGCUGUUGAUUCCAAAGCUCCAGAAAGCAGUGGACGUAUGACAACCAUGGAGAAGAUGGCCGCUAUGAUACCACCUCCACCUUUAGCAUCAGCCAAAGAAGUGGAUGGUAGUGAUGGUGAUUGGGAUUAAUGGUUAUUCAGUAGUUCAUUAUUGACAAGAGGUUGCCAGCAAAUGGUUUCCAAUUUAAUUUUUUUUAAUUUUAUAAUAGAAUUUAAUUGAGAAUGAGCUCAUAAAUUAUGUUGAUUGUACAGAGUAAUUGUGUGUGUGUAGAAAUACUGUAUGUAUAUUUUCCAUAUUGACUUGCAGAUAUUAAAACUUAAUUCUUAUCCAGGAAUACUUUUUACAUUAACGAAGAAUGUAAAAUGUGGCACUGUAUAAUAUAAACUCGCACACACAACACAUACACACACAAACCCAACAUACCCCCAUACAUGCACAUACUCCACACACACCCACAUACAAACACCACACAAAGUAAGAACAGAUGACAUUUGGACAGGUAGAUUUGUAAGCCUCGUCCUGGAGACAUUCAUAUACAGGAUCGUCACCUCGAGACUGAAAGAAGGGGAUGUUCCAUCAAUGCUGGAUUUAAUAUUCACCAGGAAAGAAGAGGAUAUGUUUGACAUUCAGUACCUUCCUCCCUAGGAAAAGAGUGAUCAUGUCCUGUUGGAAAUUCAGUAUGCUUUGUGAUAUAAUCUAGAAGAGAAUGGGGACAUUGUUAGCCUAACAGACAUUAUGUCCAUAAUUCACUCACUUAAAACCAAUGCUAUAUCUUGAGGUUAUCUUGAGAUGAUUUUGGGGCUUUUUUUUUUUUUUUAGUGUCCCCGCGGCCCGGUCCUCGACCAGGCCUCCACCCCCAGGAAGCAGCCUGUGACAGCUGGCUAACACCC